CUAAACCUGGUAAAACUGCAAACAGUUUAGCAGAACGCCUGAUACAGAUUGACUUUUGUUUGUAAAUUAUUUCCCGGAUAAUUUAGAUAAGGACAUGUGAGAUAUUGGAAGCAAAUCGCCACUUUGUAUAUUUUUGUGAGUUUUUGUGUAUUUGUGUGAUUUUGUUCGCUUUGGGUUUUUGUUUCAUAUUUACGUUUGUCGUGCGUUAAGUUUUCUGCUAUUUAUUUAGAAUAAUCAAACAGUCUGUGUAAACGAUUUGGAGUAUUAUCAACAAAGGAUUAAUUUGAAAUUAUUAGUGUUGAUGCACUUACCUAUAAACAACAAAUAAGACUAAUUCUUAAACUUAACGUAAACUAUGAUCUAAAAAGGACAGAAAUUAAAACACAGAAUAUGGAUGGCCCGCACUUAGCUCCGGAAAUAAAACCGCUAGACGCUUUAGCACAGUUGGAUGAUAUUGAUGAAACUUCGUUGACAAAUAUCCAUGGAGACGCCGGAGACGACGAUGACGAUGACGGCUCGCAUAAUUCAACGAAUUUGUCAGAGUCUUCCGAAUGCCAAAAAUCGCAGAAGAAAUCAGCUGUAGGCGUGAGAAGACAGGAAAAACCACCUUAUUCUUACAUUGCUCUAAUCGUCAUGGCAAUCCAAGCGUCGCCAAAUAAAAGAUGCACAUUAAGUGAAAUAUAUCAGUUUCUGCAACAACGUUUUCCUUUCUUUAGGGGUGCCUAUCAGGGAUGGAAAAACUCCGUCCGACAUAAUCUGUCUCUCAACGAAUGUUUUAUCAAACUCCCUAAAGGACUUGGGCGCCCCGGCAAGGGACAUUACUGGACCAUUGACCCAUCAGCUGAGUUCAUGUUUGAAGAGGGGUCUUUUCGCCGGCGACCAAGGGGUUUCCGAAGGAAGUGUCAAGGACUGAAGCCGUUCGGAAUGUUCAACAUGAACGGAAUGGGAACGUCUUCAUCUAUGCUUUCACCGCAUUACGAUCUAUUUCAUCAAAACAACAUGGCUGCAAUGAAUAUGACUUACGGUAUGAACGCGACUCCCAGUUAUGACAAUAGUGCGCUCAUGCCGUCUAAUAAUAGCUUUCAACAACCAAGUUAUAAUUCUAUGCAACAACAUAGUGCUAAUUUAGCAAGCUGUAGUUUUAAUGUCAACGUGAAUGUAAAUGGAAGAUUCGGACCUAAUUGUGCAAUGACAAACUCUAUGUCCAACAUGAAUGCUGACUACGCUCACAUGACAAAUGUAAACCCAUUGCCACCUGUCUCAAGUUCGAUGCCCAUGUAUGAAAGAGACACUAUGGGGUCGAACCCAAUCGCAUCAAACUUGGCUUCACAGUGGCCACCAACAACACAGCGGUACAUUAAACAGCCACCUAUGAGUCCGACCGGAAGUACAGGUUCGGUACCAAGCUUGUCACCAAACAGCAGUGAGCACUCCCCAUACCAGAUCAACAACACAACAUCAACGUCCGAACCCGUGGAUCUCGCAUUAGCAGGUAUGAGGUUACCAUCACAACAGUAUAGUCAAAGCUCAACCUGCGACAGGAAGCCAUACUUUGGUUAUGGUACAAAUUCCAUGAAUGCGUCAUUGAAUCAUACACCAUACUACGAAAAAUGUGUAAUGUAAAACCAUUCUUUUGUCAUGGACAAAUAUAGAUGAAAUCAUACUUUACUGAACCAUACAACAGAACAUUGGUAAUGUAAAGAUUUGUUUAGAAAUCGGACAUCAAAAAAUAUAUAAUUGAUAACGUCACAGAGCCUAUGGAGGUGACAUUGAAUCAAUACGCAAAUUUCACUCCGAAAAUGUGUGAUGCAAAGUCGUACUUAGGUUAUGGAACAAAAUAUGUGAAAGUACCAUCAAAACUUGGCUGCACUUUAAAGAAGUGUAAUGUAUCCUGCUUUGGAAAUCAUGCGCCAUGAUACAUGAAACAAACUUUAAUGUAGUAAAACAUGACUGCUUUAAAAGACACAGAAAGUUCAUGAAAACAUGACAUCUCUACUCACCAUGUUGCAGAUAUGUUGUAAAAUUACAGCAUCGACCAAAGGCAGCACAAUUUAUGCAUCAGUCAGUCUUGAAUUUGAAUAUGUUUCCAUAAAUGAUAUCGUACCAUACGUUAUGGAAAAUGUGAAACAAAUAUAAUAAAACCGUAUUUAAUGUUUUAUAUUAUAGUUAUAUACUUGAAGAAAGUGAUAACAAUCAUGCAAAAACUACUAUUUUAAAAUUACAGAGGAAACAGAACUCGUUGACUAAAGCCUGAGAGUUAUUAGUGUUUGAUACGAAUAUGAACAGCACAUUCUGUUUAGUUAGCGCGACACAAAAAAACGUUAUGGAAACUGUUUCAUCUGUACAUGUGUACCUAACAUGUUCACAAGAUUAAGCCGUCCUUUCUACAACAGAAAACGAAAAAAAAGCUAUAUUGUAUCUAGAAUAUUAAAAUAUUUUGACACUACAACAAAUGAAAGAAAUGUCUAGUGAUUGUCGAAAUAUUUUGAAUAUGAAUUGGGGCUGUACAGCAAAUAAAAUCAUUUUGGCAAUUAAUUUGACACAAUAUCUUAAUGUGCUUUUACCUGUAUUCAACAGCAGUAACAUUAACAAUGAAUUCUGAGCUGUCUAUGUACAAAAUUGGACACUUGCCUGAUCCUUGUGCUAUGGCGCGGUUUGGGCGAUGAAGCAGUUCUGUUCUAGUCAUUUUAUUAUGUUCAUAUUUUGUCAUUCUUCUAAAAUUUGUAUUUUUGUAUAAGAAGUAUAGUUCAUUAUAUUUAUUGUUUAUUGUCUUGAAAAGUCUAUGCGAUCAUGUUGUUGUACAUAAUAUAUGUUAUUGUAUUGACA